UUCCUGAGUUGUGUUUCAAUUUCCUUUUGAGCAAGUGCUUUCCUGUGCUAAUCACAUUUCGUAGAGGAAGAGAACUUGACAUCGUGUGAACACUGUCAGCUAUCAAAUGUUCCCCUCAAAGAUCCUCAGAAUGAGAUUUCCAGGGGAGAUCAUUUGGCUUAUAUUGUGGACUGUUCGUGUUUCAGAAGCGAAGAGCUGUGAUGUUCCAGAAAUAAAACAUGGACAGUUACAUAUUAGGUAUAUGUAUAGAUCACCCUUUCCAGCAGAGUUAGGGGCAUAUUUUUACUAUACCUGUGACACCAAUUUUGUGACUCCUUCAAACCAUAGUCGGGGAUACAUUACUUGCACACAGAAAGGAUGGGACCCAGCAGAACCAUGCCAGAAAAGAUGUUUAAAAUCAGAGAUAGCAAUUGAAAAUGGAUUUUUUUCUGAAUAUAAAUUUGCAUAUCCCUUGAAUAAUGAAACACAAUAUCAGUGUAAAUCAGGAUAUGUAACACCAGAUGGUAAAACUUCAGGAUCAAUUACAUGUCUGGAAAGUGGAUGGUCACCUCAACCCACAUGUAUUAAAUCUUGUGACAUGCCAGUAUUGGAGAACGCCACAAUCAAAAGUAAUAGCACAUGGUUUAAAGUCAAUGACACGUUGGACUAUGAAUGCCAUGAUGGAUUUGAAAGCAGAGAUGGGCACACAGGUUCUGUAGUGUGUGGUAAUGAUGGUUGGUCUUAUAAACCAGAAUGUUAUGGUUCUGGAGAAAAAUGUGGGCCUCCUCCACGUAUUGACAAUGGAGACAUUACCUCAUUCACGUUAUUAUCAUAUGCUCCAGGAUCAUCAGUAGAGUACAUAUGCCAGUCCUUCUAUGUACUUCAGGGACACAGGACCAUAACAUGCAGAAAUGGACAGUGGUCACCACCACCAAAAUGCUUAGAGGCCUGUACAGUAUCAGAGAACAUCUUGAGAACACAUAAUAUACAAUUACGAUGGUCUCAUAAGACAAAAAUUUAUACUAGAACAGGGGAUGUUAUUGAAUUUGAAUGUCUCCGUGGAUAUCGUAGAAAGACACCAGCGCAUACAUUCCGAGCCACCUGUCAGGAUGGGAAAGUGACAUAUCCUGAAUGUGGAUAAAACAAUGGUUAAGAAGCAGUCUUAAAAUUAAAAUAAGUACAUUUACUCAGAAUUUUUCAUCAUCAAUCAAUUCUCAGUUUAUUUUGUCAAGUAUUGUGUAACUCAUUUAUAUUCAUAAAUCAGAAUUUGUAUUAAAUAUUAUGUGGAUGAUGUAAUGAUUAUCAGAGAGAUGAAUAAAUCACUUAUUAAAAUUA